AACAUACUCACACGGGUCAGUAAUCUCAUAAAUAAUCAACCUUUGAUCGUCCUAAGUAGUCGAUUCAUUGCAGUUUUUCGCGGCAUAUAGUUUGCAGUUGGCAAGACCUUUGAUGGCGGCACUGCAUCACCUGGCUACGAUUUCAGCCAUGCUGUCGCACAUGCAAUGAAGAUUCGAACUCCUGAAGUCGAAAUCUCGCAGUCAAAGUGUGACGAAAAAAAUGAUGCAAAAUGAAUCUUUAGCCCCCGGCUGCCGCGGAGGUGAAGAGUGACGCUUGCCUCAACUCCACUCAAUAAUCAGCACUCACCGCACUAUGAAAUAAACCACAACGCAGGCAUUUAACAUCGUUUGUCAUCAUGGUGAAGUCUUAUCAUCAUCCAUAUCGCCGCCUGACUGAUCCGGAGAUCUCCCUCACGAGGCCAGCUGCGGCUCUGAGACGGACCACCACAACCGUGCUCGUCGUGGUGAUUGUGGCUGUCGUCGCGACGCUCAUCAUCAUCGGUUCUCUGGUGGCGUUUCUUUCCAUCCUCGCAGGCGAGCCGCGGGUGUCGUCGGACUCAGCGACGACACCGGUGGAUCUGGGACCGCUGUUGGAAAGACUGAGUUCCCUGGAGCGGGAGGUUGCCGAAUUGAAGGCAGCGUGUCGACGUUGUUCGAUGCCAACUAGGGAACAUCAGAACCAACAGCCCUCUGACGAAGCGAGCUAUACAACGGAUUCACCGGCUCUCUUAGAGUUAAUACAAGUUCAAGCAAAGACACCAUCCCGAGCAUUACCAUCGGUGACGGUUUCAACUUUUCCACCACUUGACGGUGAAUCGGCCGAUAUCGUAUCGGUUGAGCAGCAGGUCAGCAAGUCGCCCCACCAGCAGCACCGGCGACCAAGAUCUCGAGAUCGCGUUGGACCGUCCCGACGGCACAGCGGAGACUCUCCCGACGACCAGGCUGGGCUGUCCACAAAGGCGGCAGCCCCGUUGGAAGACGGUGGGUCACAAGGUCGCAGUAGCGGAAAUGCCAAGAGGCGAAGGGAUAGGAAGAGAAACCGCUCUCCCGAUGAGGGUCGGCACGCUCCGGAGCCUUCAGGGCCUCCAGAGGACUCGGGCUGCAGACACUGCACUGGGAACAUGUUUGGAAUAGCAGCUCACAUCGAGGGGAACCGGUUUGGCAACAUUCCUAUCUUAGACAGAGAUGGAUGGAUAAGUGGUCUUACAGUGUGGAGAAUGUCUAGCCACACCCUUGAGACUGAGCAGUUUAAACUCAGCAUUCUUGGUGGAGUCACCGUUAAGGAGAGCGGCUUGUAUUACGUCUACAGUCAGGUUCUUUUCUACGACCCAAACAGCACAGUGGGCCAAAGUAUCUGCAUCAACGACCGCCCACGCUUCACGUGCACCAAGUCGAACAUCAGCGACGAGGCCAAGCAGAGCACGUGCUUCAUUGGUGGGGUGGUGCGCAUGUCUGCUGAGGACCAGGUUAGAAUCAAGCUGUCCAUUCCUGGCCUGACCGUCGCACUUUAUCCAGAUACCACCUUCUUUGGGUUGUUCAGGGUUGCUUAGGGCCCUAAUGUUUCUUGUUUACUUUUAAUUAAGAUGAAAUAACACUGAAACAGAGCCCCCUCCCCUAAACACACAAACCAGAACAGAACCUCCUCAAAAACAGCAACAUCAGACCAAUGAAACCUCACAGUUUGUGCUUGCGCAGACCUAACUACUAGGGGGAACAUUUACGUCCCGAGGAUUUUGCAACAAGUGUCCCUCCCCAUUAAGUACCUUGUACCCAUAUUUCUGUACCAAGUGCCCCUUUUCCAUAAUGAGAGUCAUUUUUACCCCACGUGUACAUAUCGUGUAACAAGUACUACCGGUACCCUCCCCCCCACAAGUUCCCUUUUUCACGAGCACACUUUGUACACAGACGCCACCGAAUACGCAAGGUGAUUGUGAAGAGCGCCGCUUGUUCCCUGCUGUGUGCCCUGAACAGCGCCGCCCACACAAAAAAGAUGUCCCCUGUCCGCUGUUCGAUUUUAUGGAGGUUGCAUGACCGUUACAAACCCACUUCCCUUUCAGGAAGCAGGCUGAGCGAGUGACGUUUUUCACAUGUUACCCCUUGCUCCAGUAAAAUUAACCUUCCUUGGUUAGAGUUGGUUUCGAAAGAAAAACGACUUUGUAGUUGACUGUUGAACAGGUGAACUCGUGAGUUUGUGUCACCAAUGAUUUUCCUUUAGGUAUUUUGUUCAGCUGUUUGUAUUUAUUAAAUUGAUGGUUACUUGAGUUAUAUACAUCGUGGCAAACCUAUUCAAUACCCCUUUUAUACUUUUAUAGGUGUGGUCGCAUUGCUUCCAUUGUUAAACGUGCAUUAUUGCAAGUAGAAGAUACCUUAACGCAACGUUCAUGGUGCAAGCACCAUGCAAUAUGUCAAGGGUCGGAAACCCUUGAUUGAGACAGGGCAUUUUACAUACUAAAGCCUGUCACGCGUCAGAGGGAAUUUCUGUACUCAAACUCAAAGCUAAAAUCGAGACACUGCCACCCUUAAUUUAGGCACCAUGUAUUCAGCAUCCUUAGUUUUAGCUUUUGAUAAGGCAUCUUGUAUUCAUCAUUCCUUGUAUUCAGAUUUUUAAGGUAAAAAUUCAGACUAAGGGGCUUGGGUCAUUUUGAGAAAAAAAUGGAACAACAUCACUGCCUUCCGCGUAUCACAUUUUUGGGGGUAAAAUGAAUGGUUAAAGAACGAUUGUGCAAUAAUUGUAUUAGCACGACUAUGAUCGCCUCAUGAGUGUAAGACACCUCGGUCAUGAGGGCAGUAUUGCUUACAGGUGGUCAACCUGAGGUGUUCAUGAACUUGAAGUGCGUACUUGACUUGGUCUAAACAUACGCCGACGAUUUAAAAUAAACAUAUCACUUGUAAAAUCAAUGCUUGAAUGUGGUGCGCAUAAUGAGUGGUGGUUGAUCUGUGUAUUAUCAUUUGGUGAAUUUGUGAGUGUAAAUCUUUGUUUCUCAGUAAACCACGACUUUGAUCGAUUUGAAAACUUAAAAGUAACGUCAUGACUCAUGAGUAUGUCACACAAAGCUUAGAAAAUGCACCAAAUAUUCCUUUGGGUUAUGGUAUGAAAGGUUCUCAUAAGUUCAUAGAAUCCAUAUCUAGUUCUCUUCUAAUUUUGUUUGUGUUUAUUUUUCUAUGGCUUAUACAGAUUUCGAAAAAAUGUGUCAAUUUUUACUUGUUGUUUGAUCGGAAAUAAUGUCAUUUUUAUGCUACUUUGCUUCACUCAUACGCAUGAAAAACGAUUUUAGUGUCACAGAACGUCAGAAUGAAGGGACAGACACAAGGAUAUUACAUUUCCAGAGUUCAUUAUACAUAAUGGGGAAUGGGUCUUGCACUUGCACGGUGUUUGAUGGAAAAUAUUGUCAAAUGGAAUGGAGAUUCAAUGCAACAAAUAAACUUAGUUCUGCCAUCAGCAUUUUCUAUAUUUGCAAUACUA